CGAAAUUAUGCUAUUUGUUGUGCUUGUUAUGAUACUUUGGGUAGACCAACUGCCUUGCUUUAUAAGUUUUCAAACAAGAAUGAGCAUGUAAAAAAUCAUUUGAAAAAGUGGCAACAUUUUAUAAAUAAAGUUGGUGGUAUUGAAGAAGUAUCAAAAAUAUUAGAAAUUAAAUUAGAAGAAGUAAAAGAAAAAUCAGAAAUAGCUAAUGCUAAAAAAAUAUGUGUAAAAUCAAAUAUUUCAACAGACAAAAAAAAUUUUGAAAGUCUUUUACUUCAUGCAACUGUUUCUGCUAGUUUGGCAUUACAGUGGAUACAAAAUGAAGAGGUUCAAGAAUUAUUUUAUUUUGUAAAUCCUUCUCUUAAGUUACCUGGAUGUUGUUCAUUAGGUGGAAGAAUUCUAAAUAAUGAAGUAAAAAAAUAUAAUUAUGAUAUGAUAACAAAACUUAAAAAUAAUCUUAUUGGUCCAACACUAACUUUUGAUGGCUAG